AUGACCACUGCACAAUUGGAGGAAAAAGCUUACCGGAACCUCAAUCAGUCCGCUCUGAGGCAGAUCACGAAAGCUUUGGACGACGACCCCUCUAUCGACUUAGAACCGGUCGUGAACCUAUUGCACUCGACCUAUGCUAAGUACCGCCAAGCGGUACCUGAGCGUGUGGUACGGCAACAGGAGAGGCAUGUCUCCUCGCUGGUCGUCUCACGCGUUUUCUCGGGCAGGAUGGUCUGGGAAAGCGGCGUCCGUGCCGUGAUCCAGAUUAGCCCUGAUGUCGCUGUGAAGCUCACCCGCUCCCUCGACUACGACGAGCACGACGUUAUGCGGUAUCUGGAAGAGCGCAUCCCCGCCAUCCCUGCACCGCGUGCCUUGGGUUUGGUCACCGUUGGGGCUACCGCCUUCAUGUUCAUGACUCUGAUUCCUGGCACCACCUUGGAGGCACGCUGGUCAUCGCUGUCUUCGGAGGCGAAAGGAAAGAUUCGAGGGAUACUAGAUGCGAAUCUCCUGGCUCUGCGACGAGUUGAACUUCCUCCCGGAGAGCCUUUUGGGGCCCCCGUUGGCCGCCGCCUAUGCAAGGAUGCUCGCAACGCCAUACGAGUCAGCCCGUCGCCCAUCUACUCUGAAGCCGCUUUCAACGAUUACCUCAUGCAUGACUCAUCCCCACGAGUGGCGACAAGCUACAAGAGCUGGCUGCGCUCGAUGCUACGGGAAGACCACCGCAUCUUGUUUACCCAUGGCGACUUCCAUCCACGGAAUGUGAUGAUAACCGACGGAGACGACCCGGAGCUGACUGGUAUCAUCGACUGGGAAAUGAGCGGAUUUUAUCCCGAACAUUGGGAGUACUUAAAGGCGAUGAAUACUCGUUCGGUUACAGAUACGGGCGACUGGUGGGAUCACCUGCCGCCCUGCAUCUUGGGGUACGACCAGGAGGUCGUGUUGGACCGAUACAUAGAAGCCUCUAGACUUUACUGA